UACGAGCCGUAGCCACAAGGAGCAAAGGGGUCGCGGGUCAUGUCAGCAUCUGUGAAAAAUCCUGAGCUGUUGGUCCGCGGUAUCGCCGGUGCACCAUCUGUCAGCAUGUCUUCAUCGCUCCGUCGGUACUGCGGUUGUGCGAUCGGACUUGCUGGAGCGGGCGCGCCGUAAGCUGGCGGGCCGUGGCAUGUUCGGCGGGACGUGCGAGCCCACGCUAGAGCAGCGCCGGGCAUGUCAGACGGUGGGCCGAGGCCCGUCCCCUGGAGGAACUGCCAGCACUGCCCCAAGCCGCGCACCUUCAAGACUGCGGACGAGUUUCGGACUCACCUGCGUGAGCGCCACUGCAGCAAGGAAGGUGGUUCGUUCGUGUGCCGCUACGGCGAACAUGACGUGUGCGCGUCUUUACCCGUCGAGGGCGUCAGUGACGAGGACUACGAGGCGCACGUCGCCAAGCAUCAUCUACGCGGCGAGUGCUGCUGGCCUCCCGACGCUGUGGCGGAGGCCCGCUGGACUGUCCACCGUUCGGCUCAGAACUUGCCGGCGGUCCUGAAUGACCCGCGCCGCAGCCGUCGCGAAGUGGACUUCUUCACCCGCACCUGGGGAGACCAUUUCACAGAGACGCCGCCGGCCGGCGGCGAAGGACCUGGCGCUCGGAUCACGCGACAGCUGUUCGAGGCGUACUUGUCACGAUGCGCUCGAUCGCGCCGUCCGUGUUCGUCGUCUUCGACGGCGGCACCCGAACCCGCGCCCGCUGGAAGCGAGCUGUGUCUGCCCGCCGUAUUCCUCGGUCCCGAGAUGCGUCUCGAAGAACCGGCCACGUUCGCGCAAGCGAUACCGUGGGCCGCCGGGCCGUCUCGACUUCUGCAGGAACGGCUCACCCACUACCUGGACCUUGUUGAGGUCCAGCUAGCGCGUCAGGUGUCCCUACGCUCGGACGCGUUCUUCCAGGCUGUCCGAUCUCACGACGUACUAGCCGAGCGGCUGUCGACCUGCGCGGCCGUCACGGCUGGGCUGCGCUCCCAACUGGCCCGAGCGAGAGAUCAGCUGGCCGGCGGAGGCUUGCGACUGCUGAUGCUGUGGCGGCGGCGAGCGCGGCAGCGGUCGCUGUGUGCCAAGCUGCAGCUGCUCGCCACCCUGCACCAGGCGCAGCCCACGAUCCAGAGGCUGCUGGCGAGCGGCGACUUCGCGCGCGCCCUCGACUUCAUCGAGGCGAGCCGGGAGAUUGUGGCACUCGAACUGGCGGGCGUCCAAAGCCUGCGCCACCUGGGCGCGCAGUUGCAAGAACUCGAGCGCCACAUCGAACGCAUGAUGGCGGCCGAUUUGGCCCGGGGUCUCAGCGCCGAGCUGAACAGGCCACCCGACGACGUGGACCCCGUCGGUCUGCAGGAAGAAGAAUCUCUGACGGCCCUGGUGGCAGGAAUCCUCCGUCUGAACCGGCCAGAGAGCGCGGACUUCGCAUCGCUGCUUCGCGAGGAAGCGUGCACAGCCUUGCAGGCAGCCGUCAAGGCAGCACUGGCCGAGGGCAUGUCGGAGGGCGAAGUAUGGACCGCGCUGCUCGAGCGCGCCCUCGACGCUGUCGAACGUGUGCUGCGGCGCAGCUCCAACUUGGCAAGGUUGCAGCGCUACGCCUUAGCCGCGCAGGCGGCCGAAGGGGCGCCGUUGGAAGCCGACGAAGAAGUCCGGCUUGAACAGGCCAGACGAGGAGCGCUAGCCGCCGUUGCCGAGGUUGCUCAGGAACGUUGUGCGCGGCUUGUCCCGUCCGACGCACACCGCUCCCCACUCAACACGGGUGUCUUCCCAGCGCUGUGCCGCCGUGCUGAGCAAUGUGCUGAGGACUGGGCGCAGCUGUGCGAACACCGCAGCCAGGGCAGUUUGGUGCUAGCUCUGCGCACUCAGGCGGACCGGUUCGUGAGCCGUUUCCACGAGGAGCACAAAGCUAAGCUCAGCUUGCUGCUUGACGCAGAGGUGUGGGCACGCGUGGACGUGCCGGCUGAGCUGCAGAGCAUGGUGGACCAGUUCCUGGAUGUCCCGAAUGCCGGCACGAAGGGGGGCGGCGCAGCGCCCCACUUGGCGCUAGACGAGCAGCGCUACUGCAUCACGGCCAGCACGCUGCUCGUGCUUCGCAUGGUGCUCGAGUACUGUCACUGUGCUCGAAACCUGCCUUGGGUGGGUCUGAGCCUGGCUGCCAAACUGCAGGAGCUGCUGCGCCUUUUCAACUCGCGCACCUCCCAACUGGUGCUGGGAGCCGGGGCACUGCAACGUGUGGGCCUCAAAACCAUCACGGCCAGUAUGCUCGCACUGGCAGCUCGAUGCCUGCAACUGAUCAUGGCCUUCCUGCCCCGAGUCAAGACGCACUUCGAGCAGCACCUGGUCGCCCGCAAGGACACUGCCAGGCAUUUCGAUGCCAUCGCCAAGGAAUACGCAGAACACGUGACGGAAAUCUUCGCCAAGUUGGCCAACAUCGUGAGCAACGUGCUGGACGGGCAGCUUGCAGAGUGGGAGGUAAAGGCGCCCGUGCCAUCGCCGGCGUUCCGGGCGAUCGCCCGGCACCUGACCAAGUUCCACACUGCCAUAGCCGAGCUGCUGAGCCCGGAAGACGUGAGCAGCCUCCUGCAAGCGGUGCACUCCAUGUUCCGGUCUCUGCUCGCACGCCACAUGGCGCGGCUGUCCAUAAGUCGCGACGGAGGACCCCAGCACGGGUUGGUAACCCAAGAGCUGAUAUUCUACGCCGAGCAUCUGCGGAGCCUGGGAUGCCCAGUGACAGACACCAGCAGCCUGUGGCAGCAACAGGAUGAGUUUAUUGAGGCAGCUGCUGGGCCAGGGGCUGUGUGAGCCAGUACGCAAGCGCCGGCUGGAACGCGCACAUGGCCAGGAGCAGGUACAAGCCCCGGCGGGAGCCCUCGGAUGAGCUUCCGGACAGUAGGGCAAGCCGCAGGGUGCGAAGCUGG